GAACGACAGUCGCAGUGCAAACAAGUCGGCGAUGAAGAAGUUUCUGGUGGCUUUUUUGGCCGUUCUGCUGGUCACCGUCGCGCAGGCCGGUCUCCUGGCCAAGAUCUUCCACCGCGAGUCCCCCUCGACGAGUACCACAUCUACGACAACAACGACUACGGAGGAGCCACGUCAAUCGCUGUUCAUUAACAACAAUGUGCCCGCCAUUGGAGAGGGCUGUGAGGCGCACUUCACCUGCAAGAAAAAGUUAACCCAGGUGCCCGUUCCGCGGCCCUGUUUGAAGUACUGCCUGAAGCGGAUCGACUGCCCCAACAACCAGAAGACCCUGGGAAGGCCCAACCAGUGCGUCGAGCUGGACGAGCAGCAGGUACUGGCCGCCCUCGAGGCGUCCAAGGUGCCGCCAGUCGCCGGACAGCCCGUCACCGAGGUGAACAUGAUGGAGGUGGCCAUGAUCGACUUCCCCUGCCAGCCGGGUUAUCUGCCCGACCACCGCGGUCGCUGCCGGGAAAUCUGGUAGUUCGGCGCCUCUGGUGACACGCAUUUGCUGCAUAAUUAUAAAAGUGGAAUUUUUUUUAUACACAUGCACACUCUGAAUAAUCACAAUAAAACCCGAAUGAACUGUUCUUGCCCAAAGAUCAUCCCCGUGUUCGAACACAGUGAAUAAUUUGAUAAGUGUUUGGUGUAAACAACUCUAAUCUAGCACUCGAUUUGUGAUGAGUAACUAAUUUCGUUAUCAUUUAAUUUAGUUUUUAUUUGUUCAAUAAACUGAGUUUGUUUUUAAAAAUACAAAGUUUAUAAAAACUUGACACAAAUUCUUAUUCUUGUAAAAAAUCGAUGUUAGAGUUCUAGAAAUUGGAUUUAAUAAUAUGAAUAUUAUAUAUUUAUCCAACUUAAACUUUAAAUUGAACAGAAUAUGUGAAAUUAUAUCUUCGAAAAUAGUUUUUAAUAACAUUUUUAGUUUGAAAUGUUAGUCGAUUAGGACUUUUAUAAAGAGUUUUACGAGGUGUAACAUUCCAUAUUGUUGUUUUGGCCAAAAUACUAAUAUUUUUGACAGAAAUUAAAAGCAAGAAUUAUAGAAAAAUCUGUAUUUCAACCAAAUUGUUUUAAAUCAGAUAUGUUAAAGAGAAUAGAUAAAUACAAUUCAAUAUUUCAAAUAUGAUGUUUUCAAGCAAAACAUAAAAAAAAUAAAUUCAAAUUAACUUUUU